CUAUGACAUAGGCCACAUCAUUGUUGUUUGUUGGUGAGCGAAUGGCGAUGGUUGGGCACCGUCCUCGCCGUGUUGAAGUCACGGCGGUUCACAUACUCCUAAUACUAGCGGUGGUUCUCAGCGAUCUGUCAAUCUCUGCAGGAGCUGAGAAAUCGGUGGCUGCAUUCGUGCAGAACGCCAUAUUGUCCAACAAGAUUGUCAUCUUCUCCAAGUCCUACUGCCCGUAUUGCUUGCGCUCGAAACGCAUUUUCAGAGAACUUAAGGAACAGCCUUUUGUCGUGGAGCUUGAUCUCAGAGGUAUGUAUCUCUUUGUUUUGUCCCCAUUCUUUGUUUUUUUACAACAAAAACAACUUGUCCUUUUUGUGUGUGCAGAGGACGGAGAUAAAAUACAGUACGAGCUUCUGGAAUUUGUUGGUCGCCGUACCGUCCCCCAAGUUUUUGUUAACGGCAAGCAUAUUGGUGGCUCUGAUGAUCUUGCAGAUUCUGUGGAGAAUGGUCAGUUGCAAAAGCUUCUUGCUGCUAGUUAGACUUUUCAGAAGCUGGAACUUAUGUUGUGAUUUAAAAGAAUAGAAGAAUCUUUGGUAGUAAACUUGAAUCAAUGAAUUGGUGUGUCACAUGUUUACUGACUUGGUUUUGCUCCUUAUAUAUAAUAAAGUUAUGAUGGGGCUUGGUAUUAACUCUUUUAUCUUUC